GUCACUUCUCAGCAAUCUGGAACCAAACCAUUGACCUUCACUUUCGUACCAUCCAUUGGAAGACUUCCAACUCAUUUUGAGGUUAUAGAUGUCUCUAAGUUCCUUGUGACAAUUCCAGAUGAACCGAAGGAUCUGAGCAAUCAAGAAUUUAUAAAUAAGUCUAACGCAGUUUCUGAUGAGCUGGUCUUAAAAAGCGGCGCCAGACAAGACUGUGUGUCCACCAUCCAUACAGACAGCACCCAAACGACUUUCCAGUCCCUGGGGUGUAACUCAAGGAAAGGAGAAAUGCAGGAGAAUGAUCUUUUUAAGGCUGAGUUUAUCCUGAUUACGGACUCAGGCGAUGAAGAUGAAGUAGCCGCUGCCUCGAACAACAUUCAUCAUCCCUCCAAUGGCUACGGUCCCAUCAGCGCUCAUCUGCUGGCCACAUCCCAUGUUUCCACUGGCACCGAGGCAGGGAAACCUCCUGGAGAUGGGCAUGUUCCAGGUGCUGCACUUUCCCACAACACUGCUGAUCUGCAAAAACAUCAGCAAUACAAGAUCAAGACAAGCUACAAGGCAUUUGCAGCAAUCCCUACAAACACAUUACUUAUGGAACAGAAGGCAUUAGAAGAGCCAACCAAGACCGCUAGCGUGACUGAAGGCACUGCUUUGGACACCCAUUCAGAGAUGUGCUCCCCUGCCCAGCUCAGACAACAAACAGAAGAGCUGUGUGCUGUCAUUGAUCAAGUCCUGCAGGACCCGUUGACUAUGCGCCGAUGCGAGUCUUCUCCAAGUUUUCUACAGAUGAGUACGGAGUCAGAUGUUGGCAAGGUGUCAACAACACUGCAGAGAGCAGCUGGACGUGAAACCAGAUAUGCCAACCUUUACAAAUCAGCACCUAUGGUAACAGAGAGUCAGCUGACAAAACCUGGUGUCAUUCGUCCCGUAUUGGUGAAAGAAAAGAGUGCACAGCAAAAGGAGGAAGCCUAUCAACCCAAUCCUUUUAAAAAGUACCUUGAAGAUAUCAGUGAUCCAGAUACUGAGCAGGUGAGUAACUCUUUGAAGAAUUUUGAGACUGCUCUCCUACACCCUCUGUAUCCAACUAAACUGAUCCCUCCAACUAAGUCCCCUUUGCGUCCUCCAUCCGUCUCCCUCGCUGACUGUCUAAACCCUGGACCUUUCAGCCACUUGUCUUCCAUCAUGUGUGAUGUUCACGAGAAUCCUUAUAGCCCUUACAGUCACAACUCUUUGUACAAUAAG